GGUGGGCGCUGCAGCGGCGGCCCGGAGGCGCGGGGCGCGGGCGCCGUCGGCGGGGCAUGCCGGGGGCCGGGACACACGCGGAGGAGGGCGGUGGUGGUGGCGGCGAGGAAACGGUGCCGGUAACCGGCUCGGAGGCCGGGGCGGUGGCGGGGCGGGAACCCUCGCGGCUGUGCGGCUACCUGCAGAAGCUCUCAGGCAAGGGCCCGCUGCGCGGCUACCGCAGCCGCUGGUUCGUGUUUGACUCGCGUCGCUGCUACCUCUACUACUUCAAGAGCCCGCAGGACGCUCUGCCGCUCGGUCACCUGGACAUCGCCGACGCCUGCUUCAGCUACCAGGGCCGGGAUGAGGCUGCGGAGCCCGGAGCCGAGCCGCCCACGCACUUCCAGGUGCACAGCGCUGGUGCAGUCACGGUGCUCAAGGCUCCUAAUCGCGAGCUCAUGACUUACUGGCUACAGGAGCUUCAACAGAAAAGAUGGGAAUAUUGCAACAGCCUUGACAUGGUGAAAUGGGACAGCAGGACUUCCCCAACUCCUGGAGAUUUUCCUAAGGGCCUGGUAGCCAGAGAUAACACAGAUAUAAUUUCCCAGCACCCAAAUCCUUCUGCGGAAAAAGCCAGAACUGUGCUCGCGGUGGAAGCUGCCCCUGGAGAGCUGGUGGGAGACCGAGCUGCUCGCCAGCCAGCCCCAGGGCUUCCGAAUUCCAUUAACUUUUACUCUCUGAAGCAGUGGGGUAAUGAGCUCAAAAAUUCAAUGUCAUCUUUCCGUCCUGGGAGAGGACAUAGUGAGAGUCGCAGAACCGUGUUUUACACCAAUGAAGAGUGGGAACUUUUAGACCCACCUCCUAAGGACCUAGAGGAGUCCCUGAUACAGGAGGAGAGGAAGAAGCAAAUGCCUGAGGGGAGCAAAGGAGUCACUAGUUCGGGAUUCCCCUUCGAGUUGGGGCGGCACCCUUACAAAGGAAAGCGCCCCUUGAGAGACAUAAUUGGGUCAUACAAAAAUCGCCACAGCAGCGGUGAUCCUCUGAUCGAGGGAACGUCACCGGGUGGUGGAAGCCUCGCUAAGCCCGUCUCUGAGAUGCAGCUGCAGAUUCAAAGCCAGCAGGAGGAGCUGGAGCAGCUCAAGAAGGACCUGUCCAGUCAGAAGGAGCUUAUUCGGCUGCUCCAGCAGACAGUCCGGUCAUCCCAAUAUGACAAGUAUUUUACGAGCCACCAAAUCAGCCAGGGGGUCCCCAGGGACACUCUGGAGCUUCUCCACCAAAAGGACGAGCAGAUCCUGGGCCUCAGCGGCCAGCUGGAGAGGUACGGCCUGGAGAAGGAGAGUCUCCAGCAGGAAGUGAGGACGCUGAAGAGCAAGGUGGGCGAGCUCAACGAGCGCCUGGGGAUGCUGAUGGAGACCAUCCAGGCCAAGGACGAGGUCAUCAUCAAGCUCAGCGAGUGUGAGGGCAGCGUGACUUCGCCCACCCUGGGGCCCAGCUCUCCUUUGGCCACCCCAGCCAGCAGAGACCAGCUGGAGCUGGACAGGCUAAAAGAUAGUCUGCAAGGGUACAAAACCCAAAAUAAAUUUCUAAAUAAGGAAAUUUUGGAACUCUCCGCUCUACGAAGAAAUGCGGAAAGGAGAGAGAGGGAUCUGAUGGCAAAGUAUUCUAGUCUGGAAGCCAAGCUCUGCCAGGUAGAAAGUAAGUACUUGAUACUGCUUCAAGAAAUGAAGACACCAGUUUGCUCAGAAGAACAGGGGCCUACCAGGGAUGUCAUAGCCCAGUUGUUGGAGGAUGCUCUGCAGGUUGAGAGCCAAGAACAGCCAGAGCAAGCGUUCAUUAAGCCUCAUCUGGUCAGUGAGUUUGAUAUCUACGGGUUUAGGACUGUCCCUGAUGACGACGAGGAAGAGAAGUUGGUCGCCAAGGUCCGAGCAUUGGACCUGAAGACUCUGUACCUCACAGAAAAUCAGGAAGUUUCCACUGGGGUCAAGUGGGAAAACUAUUUUGCAAGCACAAUGAACAGGGAGAUGGUAUGUUCUCCGGAGCUGAAGAACCUGAUCCGAGCAGGCAUUCCACACGAGCACCGCUCCAAGGUAUGGAAGUGGUGUGUUGACCGCCACACCAGGAAAUUCAAGGACAGCAUGGAGCCCGGCUACUUCCAGAGCUUGCUCCAGAAGGCACUGGAGAAACAGAAUCCGGCCUCCAAGCAGAUCGAGCUGGACCUGCUGCGGACUCUGCCCAACAAUAAACAUUACUCCAGUCCCACAUCAGAGGGCAUCCAGAAGCUGCGCAGUGUCCUGCUCGCCUUCUCCUGGCGAAAUCCAGAUAUUGGCUACUGCCAAGGCCUCAACAGGUUGGUGGCAGUGGCCCUCCUUUACCUGGAACAGGAAGAUGCUUUCUGGUGUCUUGUUACCAUCGUGGAAGUCUUCAUGCCUCGAGACUAUUACACAAAGACUCUGUUGGGGUCCCAGGUAGAUCAGCGCGUGUUCAGAGACCUCAUGAGUGAGAAGCUGCCUCGGUUGCACACCCACUUUGAACAGUACAAAGUGGACUACACCCUCAUCACCUUCAACUGGUUCCUGGUGGUAUUUGUGGACAGUGUUGUCAGCGAUGUCCUUUUUAAAAUAUGGGACUCUUUCCUUUAUGAGGGACCAAAGGUUAUUUUCCGUUUCGCCCUGGCACUUUUUAAAUACAAAGAAGAGGAGAUCCUGAAAUUGCAAGACUCCAUGUCCAUAUUCAAAUAUCUCCGUUACUUCACUCGGACCAUCCUUGAUGCCAGGAAGCUAAUCAGCAUCUCCUUUGGGGAUCUGAACCCCUUCCCCCUGCGCCAGAUUCGGAACCGGCGAGCCUACCACUUGGAGAAGGUCCGGCUGGAGCUGACAGAGCUGGAGGCCAUCCGAGAGGAUUUCCUGCGUGAGCGGGACACUAGCCCAGACAAAGGCGAGCUGGUUAGCGAUGAAGAGGAAGACACUUGAAUGGACCUCCACCCUAGGAUGCUGCUCUUCUUGCCUUUAUAACCAAAAGUAGCAAAGAGAACUCCAGGCAUGUCCCUGUUCAUUCAGCUGCCAGAAUGUAACAUCUGGGGCCACUGGGUAUCUGCUGGGCAGAUGUCCAAAACUAAGCUGCACUUUCUCAUCUCUCAUUUGGGAGCAGAGGUCUGAUGGCUUUAGAGCCAUUUCUACGCCACAGCAUUCAGUCACAUAUAUCACUGCCAUGCUUGCUGCCUGACUGGUGACUCGCCAGUUGACUGUUCCCAAGGGCCUGUUUACAGCAUCUUCCAGUUGUGUGAGUGCUUCACCCUGCAAAAUUUACUAUGCUCCACGUCUCCCUGUGCUCUUUCUUUUUAUUCCUGGACAGCACUGUGGAGAAAUGCCUACAGGGCUUCAGCGUGGCUGCUUCCAGGGGAAAAGGUCAUCAUAAGGAGAGGGACCUCUUAAAAAACCAAGCACAACUCUUAUUCAGAAGCAGCCUUCCUAGAGGGCGUGGGAGCCCUCUGCUGGUGGCUUCACACUGCCAGCCACAGCCCCAUCUGGACUAGCCUUUGCUCUCAUACAUAGCCUGUAGCACUCACCCUGCCCUGCAGCUAGCCCCACCGUUCUCAUCGCCAGCUGUUUUGCCAGCGUUGCUCUAUCCUGACUUGCAGGGGAUUGACACACCUCCAGCAGCUGCUAUGGAAAUCUCUUCUAGCUGUGGAUGACUUGGAGGUGCCAUUCUCUAAGUGUGACUGGAUUGGGGUUCCAAAUGAACCUUGUAGUAGGCCCACCUCUGUGUGAAGGAAUAUGGGAAAAACUUUCAGAUGUGGCAGAGCUGUGGCUUGCGGACUCCUGUUUAUGGCAGUGGCCAAGGCUCUGAUAUCAUGUCCAGCGACUGGGUGGGGAGUGAGGCUGACUGCCAGCCUCCUAGCCCCGGAAGCAUCUUUGCCGGAGGACAAGAGUAAUGAGCUCUUUAUGUUGCCUGGAUCAUCCUUGUCCCCAGCAGGGAGCUGGGGUCACUGUGGCCUCUGGCAUAGCAUAUUCUGGGCACUUGGAACACUUCCUUCUUGAAGCUUAGAAAGGGUCUGAACAAGGGAGGUUAUUUUUGCUCAACCUAAGCAUCCCCGAUGGGUGGCUGUCAUGCGAAAGCAUUUUCUAACACAGUAUUAUUGGAACACAAGGGAAACAGCCUUAAAUGGACUAUCUUACACUACCUGGAAAACAAAUAGGAAACAAUCCUUAGCUAGUAUAAACAGUGAGACUAAGAACUGGAGCAAGGCAGUUGUAAGAAGUGCUUUUUCCAGGACUGGUUUUCCUGUUUUUGCUAUCUACUUUUUAGCACUUGAAUGGCUGAGUCGCUUUUCCAGCAUCUAGACUGUGCUCAGCUUCUCUAAAAGUUGCUUUUUUUAUUACCGUGUAAAAGGAGCUGGUCUCUAUAUUUAGUCACUAGCCUGUGUCUCAUUUAAGGUAUGAAGUCUCAUCAUUGUGACUUUAGGAUGGUGGUUUGAGGCCUGGCUUCUUCAGGGAGCUGUCUGAAUUGGACAAUGGUCUCACUGCUAUUCUCGGGGCCUCCCUGAAACCAAAUGCCGGAAGAAAGCCCACCCCCUAUGAAAUGAUGGCUGUCAGCCUUGGGGACAGCUGCUAAGGCGGUGCAGUAGGGUGGGGUUGGAGCCCCGUGGCUCAGCUCCAGAUGCCUGAUCUCAGUUGCCAUGUCAGUUCCCCACUGAAAGCAGUCAGUUCAGUCCAAAAAUGUAUUUGACAUAAAUUCUCUUUUAGCAGUGUGUGCCCAGUAGAGGCAUCUUGAAAGUAUCUGGUGAUUCUGGAGACGUGGCCUAGUGGUAGAAUAUGUGACCUGUCAUGGCCUGGGUUCCAUCCCAGCAAUGCAAAAGGGAAAAAAAAUCCCCAGUAUGCUCUUCUACCAUCCCCUGAGAGACAGCAUUAGUUUUCCAAGCAGUUUCAGUGGCCAGGUAAAGUCUCAAAAGGUCUCAGACUCUCCUCCCUGCAGAGCUGAGAGGGCAUGGUUGCCUUCAUUCCAGUUUGGGGACAGAAUGACACAGGCUCCUCACAGAGGCAUAAAGCCAGUGAUUGGAGUCAUCACCUCCCAUUCCCUCAUCACUGAGACCUCUCUUUACCCUCCAGUGCCCUGAGGUUCCAGACUUAAACCAGCCACCAGCCAGGUACCCCUAACAUCAGCGGCUGCCUUGUGGUGCCGUUCAUUUGAACCUUUACCCAGCAUGCAACACGUGCCUCCUUCCUGGUGAACCUUGUGGGCUGAGAAACCCAAAGCAUAGCCUCCAGCAUAUGGGUCCAAAUGCACGUGCCAUGGUGCAGGGAGCUCCCUGCCCUCAGAGCCCCCUCUGGUGGGAUUUACCAAUAGUUCAACUGUUAAUACUUUUAUAUUUUCACUACAUUUUAUAUUUUUAUAGACUAUUUUAUUAAGGUUUUUCUAGAUUCUGUAAGACUUUUAUAUAACAAGUUCUAUUUUGUGUGCACAGCUCCCUUGUAUGUAUUUAUAUCGACCUGAACAUCCCAAACUGCAGUUCCCUCCUGUUCCACCUUCUCCCCUUUGCCUUGUCCAUUCCUCACUUCUGCUUACCCAGGUAGCCUCUGGUGUCAGCUGUGCUCUGUUGAUACAGGCAGUUAGUUACAGGCAGUUAGGCACCCAGUCAGGUUUUGUUAUCUGUUACUGCACAGCCCCUCUCACUCUCUGUACAGUGCUGUCUUCCUGAUCCACCCACCUCUGGGUGGGCCUGUUCAGGGAAGUCCUUGAAGAUAGAGGCUGGAUGCAAGCCCAGUGCCUGAGGUUCUUCUGUGGGCAGCUGGAGGACUUGAGGGCACACCAUCAAGCGACUGUCUUUUUGUAUCACAGCAGCUUUUAUGCUCAUCUUUGAGUUAAAUGUUAGACUCAUAAAGGGAGAAAUAAACUAAUUUGUAUUACA